UCCCCCGGGCCUCCGUCGGCUAUCUCUUUUUUUUUUCGUCCGUAAGCGAACACCUCAAAUUUAUUGAUUUUUUUUUCCCUUCCUUUUUUCAUUUUUUCUGGUGCUGGGGUUACGGGGACCGGCCGCCUCUCGGGCGCCCCCGCUUCGCAGGACGCCCCCGCGCCCAUGGCCAGCGGCAGCCCCGCAAGGAUGGCCAGCGGCGCAGGGCAGCCGCCUUUCCUGCAGCCGGCCUGCUUCUUCGCCGCGGCCGUGGCCGCCGCCGCCGCCGCCGCCCCGCCGGGACCGCCACCGGGGGCGCCGCCGCCGCAGUUGAGCCCGGCGGGCGGGCAGCCCUCUCCGGGCGGCAAGCCCUCGGCGCCGCGAGCCGCCAAGCGGCAGCGCUCCGCCUCACCGGAGCUGAUGCGCUGCAAGCGCCGGCUCAACUUCAGCGGCUUCGGGUACAGCCUCCCGCAGCAGCAGCCGGCGGCCGUGGCGCGGCGCAACGAGCGGGAGCGCAACCGGGUUAAGCUGGUAAACUUGGGCUUCGCCACGCUGCGGGAGCACGUCCCCAACGGCGCCGCCAACAAGAAGAUGAGCAAAGUGGAGACGUUGCGCUCCGCCGUCGAGUACAUCCGCGCCCUGCAGCAGCUGCUCGACGAGCACGAUGCCGUCAGCGCCGCCUUCCAGGCCGGCGUCCUCUCGCCCACCAUCUCGCCCAGCUACUCGCACGACAUGAACUCCAUGGCGGGCUCCCCCGUGUCCUCCUACUCCUCCGACGAGGCCUCCUAUGACCCGCUCAGUCCUGAAGAGCAGGAGCUGCUCGACUUCACAAGCUGGUUCUGA